UGACUAAAUUCAUCCGAUUUUUCCCCCAAAUGUAAUGGUUUCUAUUGAUGUCUAUCGUGAUGGGGUAUUAGAACAAUGUGUUAAGAAUAAAAUAAAAGCAUUUUCACAUCUGCGCGUGGUAGCGCUUUACAGCGCCCAGCCUCCAAAGUGGGAUGGUGUGUACAGGCGAUUUCGGCAUUUUCCGUAAAAUACCGUUUCCAGACGAACAUGACCGAAUGUUCAUUCGUACAUGAUCGGUAAUAUCCGCAAUUUGAGUAGCCCCCCUUUACUACUCUCUGCUCUAUAAGCCGACACGGAAAAAAUCACUACGAAAUUUGGGAACAUAUUUCACAAUAUCAUGUAUUGAAAGGAUAUAUUACGUUAUCUUUAUACACAGAAUAGUUCGUUACUAUUAUUUCUAUUAAAUGUGGACUGACAGUAUUAUCAUCAUACAUAGUUCAGAGUCUGAAGAAGAAGACGCUGAUCAUAAUCACCAUUUCAAGAGACAGAAAACGUGUGAUGAGUCAUAUGUAGACAGUGAUGCAACUACACUGCCACCAAGUGACAAUGAGACUCUGCCGCCUGCUCUUAAGUUGUAUGUGGAUGUUGACAGUGAUGUGACUACAUUGCCACCAAGUGACAACGAGACUCUGCCUCCUUCUGAUAAGUUGUAUGUAGAUGUUGACAGUGAUGUGACUACAUUGCCACCAAGUGACUACGAGACUCUGCCUCCUUCUGAUAAUUUGUAUGUAGAUUUUGACAGUGACGUUACUACAUUGCCACCAAGUGAUGAUGAGACAAAACAUCCUUUAGAUCUGUUGUAUCUAGAUCUUGACAGUGACAUUACUACAUUGCCACACAGUGACGAUGACACACUACCUCCUUCUCAUGUGAUUGAUUCACUGGAAUUGGAGAUAAAUUCACAGUCUCUACAACUUUCUGACACACUUGAUGAAGUUCAAAGUACCUUACUGGAAAGCAGCACCUUGGAAUUGUUUGUUGAAGACAUACCAAUUCAGCCUUACAGUGAUACCCCAGGUUCCUGGAUAUCCAAAGUGGUUCAAUGUGAAGUUUGAAAAUGAUACUGCUAUUUACACAUACGAAUUGAUGAACGAUUACAGCAGUGGAGACCUGAAAAUCCUUGUCUAAUUAAAAGGUAAAAAGAUAAAAUAUGAUGAUUAUUUAUUAUGUGCAGAAAAUAUCCCAUUUGUAAUCACACUUGUCCGUCACUACCCUCAUAUACUUUCUUUAACUAAUUAUUAUUCAAAAUUUUUUCUGUACAAACAUUACUUUACUGUUCAAACUGUUAGAGCUAUAUCUAUAUCUUGAUCAUAGAUAAAAUUUUCAUUAAUAUAAAGGUUCGGGGUAUGUGUGGGAUGGGAGUAUGUAACACAGUAAUACGGUUUACAGUAUAUAAAUAUCAGUAUGGUCCAUAGUAUUGUCAUCCAAAAAUGAACUCUUCUUUAUGAAAAAGAAUAUAUGUGAUAAUUUUUAAAUAAUGAAAAAUUAUUUAACUACACUA